GAAACUUUCUGUCAUUUGCUAUUUGCCAAUUUGUAUUGUUAUUACCACCAAAGAAAAAUGUUUACUACAACAAAACUCUACAUCGAUAGAAAAAUUUAAAGUAAUCCCACCAACAUGUCUCUAGAAAACCCCGAAGUCCUCGCCAGCAACGAGACCGAAAUCCAAGAACUAAAAACCUACAUCCAAGAGGUGGAAGAACGUUUGAAAUUCAAGCAGGACUUAAGAACACGAAACCAGAAUGCGGCUCAAACUAGGCCCAGCGAUUCGCACUUCAGUAAAUUGGACUCGAGCCUCAAGAAAAAUACAGCUUUCGUCAAGAAAAUCAAAAAUUUCUCGGCAGCUCUUAUCGACACUUACCUAAAAGACAUGGUAGGCCUGAAUUUAUCAAAGUACGUUUCGGAGGUUGCCGCUGCUAUUGUCGACACAAAAUUGAAAAUGACCGACGUAUCGGCAGCGAUAAAGCUUUGCAGCACUUUGCACCAAACUUAUGUGGACUUUUCGCAGCACUUGUUUGAAAAUUGGCAAAAGGCUUUGGCAAUUAAAGCCACAGAAAAAGUGCAAAACCCUAGCAAACUAAGGGUCGACUUAAGAUUUUACGCUGAACUGUUACAAUCUAGCAUUUUCAGUAAUAAAAAUGCAUUCACCUUGUUGGGUUCUGUACUGACAACCCUAAUUAACAUGGAUAAAGAAGAGCAUGUAAAUGUUUCUAUUAUAUUGAGCUUUUGUAAGCAUUGUGGUGAUGACUAUGCAGGUCUUUUACCCAGAAAAAUCCGAAUUUUAAGUGCUGAGUAUGACAUUCCAGUACCCAAGAGUAGUUUUUUAGCUCCAGAGAAACAACAAAAUGUAAGAGGCUUAUUGAAAGACUAUUAUUUAUCUUUGAGCAAACAUUUAGUUAAAGAUCAUCACGAAUUACAAAAUUUAGAAAAACAAAACUUGAAAAUAUUGCAAACCAAAGGAGAACUUAGUCAAGAACGUAAAGAAAAACUAGAAACUUUGCAAAAUUUUUAUGAAAAACUUUUAACAAACACACAAAACUAUGCUGAAAUUCUUGACGAAGACAUGCCAAUAUUAAAAGUUCAAGUUUUACCUAAAGCAGAAGAAAAUAUGAUUGUAACAGGAUCUGGUGCAGAUUUUGAUGAAAACUCAAGUCUAGAAAAUAUCUGGUGUGAUGUUGAAACUCAAAAGUUUUACUGCGACUUACCAGAACUAACAGCAUUCCUGCCAACAUCUUACCUUAAAACCCAACCACAACCUCCUGCAGAAACUGUUACAGAAGAAGUACUGGAUUCUGAAUUGUCCACAGAAGAUACUGAAGAGGAUAGUAAAAGUGAAGAGGUCCCUGUUCUAGAAGAAGAAGUUGAAGACCAAACAUCAACAAAUGCCAGUAAUAAAAUUGUUUUAGAAGCAUUUUUAACCAAUUUACCCAACUGUGUCAACAGAGAAAUGAUUGAUAAUGCUGCCAUAGACUUCCUUGUUACAUUAAACAUCAAACAUAAUCGCAGAAAGCUUGUCAGGAGUCUUUUCAGCGUCAACAGAACAAGACUGGACCUAUUGCCAUUUUAUGCACGUUUUGUCGCCAUACUUCAACCAGCCCUUCCUGAAGUUGGCAAUGAACUUUGCCAAAUGCUAAGACUAGAUUUCAAAUAUCAUGUGAAGAAAAAAGAUCAAAUUAAUAUUGAAUCAAAAGUUAAAGUAGUAAGAUUUAUUGGGGAGCUAGUCAAAUUUAAUUUGUAUUCAAAAAUAGAGGCACUUUAUUGUCUCAAAGUGUUGCUGCAUGAUUUCUCCCAUCAUCAUAUCGAAAUGGCUUGCAACUUAUUGGAAGUUUGUGGAAGGUUUUUAUAUUGCAAUGCUGACUCGCAUCAAAGGACCAAAGUCUAUUUAGAGCAGAUGAUGCGGAAAAAAACUGUUAUGACUUUAGAUUCCAGAUAUGUAACUCAAAUAGAAAAUGCUUACUAUUACGUAAAUCCUCCGGAAUUGGUUACAGUAGCCCAAAAAGAACGUCCAAUAAUGCACCAGUUUAUACGCAAGCUCUUAUAUCAAGAUCUGCAAAAGAAUAACACAGACAAAAUAAUGCGUUUAAUGAGAAAGCUUGAUUGGACGAAUAAAGAUAUUUCUAUUUAUGCUACAAAAUGUCUUACAGGUGCACACAAUAUGAAAUAUUUCAAUAUAAGAUGCCUGGCUAGUCUUCUAUCAGGCCUUGUAGGAUACCAAGAAGAAAUUGGCACCAAAGUUGUUGAUGGUGUUUUAGAAGACAUCAGAUUAGGCAUGGAAGUUAACUUACCAAAAUUCAAUCAAAGAAGAGUGGCACAAAUUAAAUAUUUAGGCGAAUUGUACAAUUACAGAAUGGUUGAAAGCGCUGAUGUGUUUAAGGUUUUAUACUCCUUAAUUUCUUUUGGAGUUUCGAUGGAUCCUAAUGAAUCAUCAGUGUUGGAUCCUCCAAAUCAUCUAUUCAGAAUCCGCCUGGCAUGUGUAUUACUUGAAACAUGUGGAACAUAUUUCAGCAGUGGCAGCAGCAAAAAAAAAUUGGACUAUUAUUUAGUGUUUUUACAGAUGUAUUAUUGGCACAAAAAGGAAACUUGGAAAGAAGCAUUUCCUCCAUUUUUAGAACACAUUUUCAAGGAAACAUUAUCAAUUUUAAGACCCAAACUAAAGCUUUGUCAAAACUAUGAAGAAGCUAAAUUAGAAGUUAACAACAUAAGGACAUCUUUAGGCAUAGAAAGUCUCAUUUCUCAAAAAAAGGAUAUCUCAGAAGGUUUGGAUACUAUUGCUGAAACUGAUACUGAAGAUUGUGCAGAUGAAGAGCCAUCUGAAGGAGCUACUGGCUUAGUGACAGACGAUACAGCCACAGAAGAUGAAACUGCAGAUCCUCAAUCUGAUUUUGAUAAUGAAGUUGAAACUAGUGAAGCUGAAGCGGAACAAGUUUCUGAAUCUUUAGCUAUACCUCAAGGUCCUAAAAAAGUCGAUUGCCCCGAAGAUGAGGAGUUUUUAUCGGCCCUAGAUAAAAUGGUGUCUGAUAAUAUUCAAGAAAGAAUGCGGGAACCGGUUAAAAGUGGAAAUGUUGAUAUUUCAGUACCAGUAGUAGUGAAGAAUAAUGUUAAGAAGAGCUAUGACCAAUUACAAGAAACUCCUGAAGAAAAUGGCAAACAAAGAAUUGGAUUUGUGUUGAUGAUACGCAAAGGAAACAAGCAACAGUACAGGCCAUUUGAAGCUGACGCAGAUUCGGAGCUAGCGCAAAAUCUAAAAGAUCAAGAACAAGCUCACCGAGAAGAAAAAGAGAGAGUGAAAAGGCUUACUUUGAAUAUAACUGAAAGAUUUGAAGAGGAAGAUUAUCAAGAAUCCAUAUCUCAGCAGAGGGUGGCUACGCAAAAUUUAAAUCGCGAAAGAAAAAAAUACCAACAUCCUAAAGGAGCGCCCGAUGCUGAUUUAAUAUUUGGUCCUAAAAAGGUUCGAUAAUGGAAUAAAUAAACUUAUGUUUGUUUUUUUUUUGGUUGGAAGUUUCCAGAAGGGAAAAAUCUUGUUGAAAGAAUAGAAAGAUGUUAAUUUUGUAUGGUUUACCAAGUUGAAUUUCAAGCUUUAAUGUAUUUUUUCUUUGAGAACGUUGAAUCGCGAUUUUUUUGUUUGUGAGAAAUAAAUAUUUUAUGUUGAAAAUGCCAAGAGCUUGUUUUAUUUUCUUAUAACUUGAUCUCUUAGCA